GUCGCAUUAUCUAAUCUAAUGACUGAUAGUUAACUAGUUAAUCCAACAUACAGAAUCACCGAGUUCUCCGCCUUCACUUUCUCGACCACGCGGAUUGCUCACUCAUCCCGCUGGCUCAAACUCCUUCUCGUCUGUCCCACAUCGAUCCUGCGCAGGAAGACAAGGAAAGUCCUAGCAGUGUCUGUCCAAAUCGGUGACUAACGGAUAUCACGGACACCGAAGAGAUAAGCGACGUAGCGACGGCCCCAUUGCCGCUGAUAAGCUCCACGGUGACACCUGCGACGGAUUGAGAUAGCUCCAGGCUCAACAGCAAGGUGUUUUCACUUGCUAUCUUUUUCUCUUAUUCUAUCCUAUUCCUGUCCUCUCUGCCUGUCUUUGGUUAAAAUCGUCAAGUCGCCAAUUUGGACACCGUCCCAGCACUCCCUCCUCACCAGAACCAUGCCCUCCGACGACCCCGCGGUGACGGUCGACAAUGUCGCCCACGUCCUCCAGGACGACACCAUGGUCAAGGUGGCCGGUAUAGACGUCGAUGGCAUCCUCCGCGGAAAACUCGUCUCGAAGAAGAAGUUCCUUUCCAUUGCGGCGGACGGGUUCGGGUUCUGCUCCGUCAUCUUCGGAUGGGAUAUGCAUGAUCACACCUACUUCAAGGAACUCGCUAUCAGCAAUAAGGAGAAUGGCUACCGGGAUCUCGUCGCUGUUCCGGAUCUCAGCAGUUACCGGAGGAUACCGUGGGAGAAUAAUGUGCCGUUUUUCCUCGUGAGCUUUUUCGAUCCCGAGACGCACGAGCCGGUUUGUGCUUGUCCACGGGGACUGCUGAAGAUGGCUACCGGCAAGGCUGAGGCUGCUGGGUAUCGGGCUAUGGCUGGUGCCGAGUAUGAGUUCUACCAGUUCCGGGCCCCGGGGGGUUCGUCGACGGCCGCUUUUCUCAAGGAGAACCCAGUUGAGUCUCUGCCUCCUCUGACGGAGGGGAUGUUCGGGUAUAGCAUUACCCGUCCCAUCCAUAAUCAGGAAUAUUACUAUAGUGUCUUCGACGCAUGCGACAAGUUCAACUGUCCGCUGGAGGGAUGGCAUACAGAGAGUGGGCCAGGGGUCUAUGAAGCUGCACUACAAUUCUGUGAAGCCAAGGACAUGGCCGACCAGGCCGGACUCUUCAAGUAUGUGGUCAAAUCCCUUGGCAUCAAGCACGGCAUCACACCAGCGUUCAUGGCCAAGCCCCGUGAAGGUCUUCCCGGGAACAGCGGGCAUAUGCACAUCUCCCUUGCUACGAAGGACGGGAAGAACGCUUUCUACCGCGAAACGCCCGACCCAUCGCCGCCCUACCCGGAGUUGACACAUGUCUCCGAUUUGGGUAGAUAUUUCCUAGCCGGCGUGCUCACGGGGCUUCCGGAUAUAAUGCCUUUGCUGGCACCGACGAUCAAUUCCUACAAGCGUCUGGUUGAGAACUUCUGGGCCCCUGUUACCGUGUCAUGGGGGUUGGAACACCGUGCAGCUUCGGUACGGCUCAUCAGUCCGCCUACUGCUAGCCCUAAGGCAACACGCCUAGAGAUACGGGUGCCGGGCGCGGACACGAAUGCGCAUUUUGUCCUGGCGGCCAUUGUCGCAUUGGGAUGGCGUGGGGUAGAGAAGAAGCUGUCGAUCCCGGUUCCGCCGCUGGGGAAAGGGGAAGACAUGGGCGGUGCCAGCGAUAACGGAGUACGACUGGCGAAAUCGCUCAAGGAGGCCACGGCGACUUUUAUGCGCAAAGACAGCGUAGCACGAGAGGUCUUCGGUGAUGCAUUCGUCGAGCACUUUGGAGGGACUCGGGAGCACGAGGUGCGGCUAUGGGAGGAAGCGGUAACUGAUUGGUUUGUUCCCUUGACUCAUUCCGAAUAUGUCAUCGGGCUUGAACUGACGUGAAACCUGCAGGGAGGUGAGACGGUAUAUCGAAACGGUCUAAGCGGUUUUCCGGUUUCUUGGGUUAUAUAGCACGAUACCACCUUGGUUAUAGAAGGAUACGAAUAGACGUAUUUGAUGCUAUGAUAUCCGACGAGUCUACUCCGUAGCAAGACAAGAUACCUGCAGCACGGAAACCAGCUCCGGUUAGCGCAAGCGUCACAUGUCCCAAACUUGGUCUUCACGUGCAGCGUAGUAUUCCUGAUUCGACAGGAGAGCCACAGAGGGGUUCCUUGCCAAUGGGAUUGCGGACACGGACGCUGAGGAGUGCCGGGAUCCCUGGUCCGGAGAUAAAUAGAUGGAAAGCUGGACCAUGCUCCUGCGGCCCUCCGUGGCGAUCGAGAGAAGAAAACAGGUCGGGAUAACUCGGGCCGGCGCACAGGAUCCUGGUCUUCGUUGUCCCUGUUGAUGCCGAUAAUGUCUGGGGACUGGAUGGCUGAACCGCGGCUGUUUUUCGUCGGGGAGUUUGGUUGACCGGGCGUGCGGGGAAUCCCCGUAUACGUCAGAGUGGUAAAGCCGUUUGACGCAUUGAAACUUGAACCAUCGCCAGUGACCGGGGAUGUCUCUGUAGACUUAGUUCAUGGUCGAUUCAAGCAUCUUAGCAUAGACCUCUG